AUGAAAUUGGGUUUAGUUUUUGCCAUCUUAUUGGCAUUUAGUAAUUGUGCUUCAUUCUUGGAAGAACAAAAGCCAAUGGAAAAUAAAAUCUAUAAGGUAAAGCUUGAUAGGACAGAAUCCUAAGCGAAAAAGUCAUUGUUUGAUUUCAUCACUACCAGCCAAUAAUACAGGAAUUCAGCUGAUUUAUUAGAUGGGUCCGAUAUAGCUAUGACAUAAACAAAAUAAAAAGAAUCUAUAAAGUUGUAUAAUUUUAAGAAUACAUAAUACACAGGAGAAAUAGGAUUAGGUGCUUAAGAUAAUAAAUUUAAGGUAAACCAUUUUAUCUAUUCAGGUAAUCUUCGACACCGGUUCAGCAAACAUUUGGUUGAAUUCUGCUAGAUGUAGUGAUUAUGGAUGUAAAAAUCAUAAACAAUACGAUGGCUCAAAAAGUUCAACAUAUGAGCAUUUGGGAUAUGAUUUGGACGUUCAGUUUGGUACUGGUGAAUUAAUGGGUGAAGUAUUAAAUUUGAUACUAUAAUAGAUUAAUGCAGAUACUGCUUAUGUUGGUGGAGUGAAAAUAGCAAAAUAAGAAUUUGCUGAGAUCGUAAAAGAGAAUGGAGAUGUAUUCGCUUAAUCCGAUUUUGACGGUAUUGUUGGAUUAGCAUAUCCUUCAAUGGCUGCCUAUAACUUUAACCCAUUUUUUGAUAAUGUCAUGUCAUAGAAAUUGUUGGACAGAAAUGUGUUUUCAUUCUAUUUUUCAAGACAAGAAGGCUCAAAAUCAUCAGAGCUAACAUUGGGAGGAUGGGAUACUGAUCAUUACUAAGGAGAAUUACAUUUCCAUAAUGUUGUUAAUAAAUAUUAUUGGUUAUUGGAUGCCGAUAAUAUUUUAGUCAAUGGACAAGAUAUAGGACUGUGCAAAAAGGGCUGUAAAGUAGUUGCUGAUACAGGUACUUCACUAUUAACAGGACCAUCAGAUGAUUUAUAUGAUUUGCUAGGUAAAAUUAAACAAUAAAAUCUAUUAGAUACUUUGAAUAUUGAUGAAAAUUGCAAAAAUGCUAAAGAAUUGCCAAAAUUAACAUUUGUAUUGGAUGGAAUUAACUACGAUUUGGAUGCUAAUGAUUAUGUGAUGAAAAUUGACUCUUAAGGAAAUGAAAUAGCUUAUGAUACUUUUGCAAGUAUUGAUAGUUUCGUAGAAAUGGGUGGUAAUUGUCAAUGUGUAGGAUCAUUCAUGCCUCUUGACAUCCCAGAUCCUUAAGGGCCAGCUUGGAUUUUGGGAGAUACAUUUCUAAGCAAAUAUUAUUCAGUCUAUGAUAGAGAUAAUGAUAGAGUUGGCUUUGCAAAGGCUAAAUGA